CGUGACGUCAGCUCUUUGUGCUGCGGCGGCGGCGGGCUGCGCGUGAAGUGUGUGGCUGCGCGGCGCGGGGCUGCCUCCGGGUCCGGGAUGGCCAACGAGCGGCUCCGAGCGCUGGAGGACGUGGAGAAGGAGAUCGCCAUGGUGCUGCAGUACGCCGGAAACAUCGUUCUGGAGCUCUCCAAAGACAAGCACAACGCCAGCUCCCUGGACAGACACCUGGCCCAGUUCCAGAGCUCCAUCAACCGGGUGGAGAACGAGCUGGGCUCCCAGAUCCGCUACCUGACCCAGGUCGCCACCGGCCAGCCUCAUGAGGGGUCCACCUACUCGGCCCGGAAGGACUGCCAGAUGGCCCUGAACCGGGCCGAGUACGCCAAGGUCAAGCUGGGAGAGCUGGGCCGGACCUGCGAGGUCAUGCUGGAGCAGCCGGGGCAGCAGGGGCCGCAGGGGUGAGGGCCGAGCCACCGCAGGGAUCCACAGCUGGAAUCCACUAGGAUCCACCAAGAUCUACUACAGGGAUCCACCGAGAUCCACAGCUGAGAUACACCAGGGUCAACUAUGAUCAACUGCUGAGAUCCGCCUGCGGGAUCCACCCAGAUCCACUAAGAUCCACCGCUGAGAUCCACUAAGAUCCACCUCUCGGGACUGUGUGCUCUCCAUCUCCCACACACUGAAGUGUUUGAUAGUGUGUGUGUGUGUGUGUGUGUGUGUGUGUGUGUGUGUGUGUUGUGUGUGUGUGUGUGUGUGUGGUGUGUGUGUGGUGUGUGUGUGUGUGUGUGUCGGGCUGCCAUGUUCCAGGCCGUCUCUUUUUGUAAAAACCUCUCAGAAGGCUCCAAUAUUUUCUUUAACAGUGAAUAAAACCUCUGUGGAAGUGUU